AUGGAUCCCAAAACCAUCACUGCUUACUCUGUUCUUCUUCUUGUAUUAGCUCUGCAGAUGAAAUUGGUCUGUUCCACAAGUAGGCCUCUUGCAGCUAAUCAACCAGUGACUAAUCAACAACCAUCACAGGCUUUCCUGGGAGCAGAAUCCAGAACCCCUUCGAGCUUAAAUCAGGGGAUUGAUGAGGAAGCUUAUUACUCAAAAGGGUUUGGGAAAAUAGGAUCAAGCCCUCCAAGUUGUGAGCACAAGUGCUAUGGGUGCUCACCAUGUAAAGCAAUUGAAGUGCCCACAACCAGCAGAAGCCACAACCAUGGCCUGAGAUUGAGCUAUGCAAAUUAUGAGCCCGAGAGUUGGAAAUGCAAAUGCGGCCCUUCUUUCUACAGUCCGUGA